AUGGCCAUAUAUACGAUAGCUUUGGCGGCUCUAGUCUCACAGUGGCUGCUCUGUACUAGCGCCGCCCCAGCUGGAUCCACUGAAUCUAACGACGACGCCACAGACUCCGGUGUUGGGAUCCUCGACAUCUUCAUCCCACCCGUUCGCAGCGAUGACUUGUAUUACAAUGUCAACGUCACGGUUAAUUCUCAAGUGAUACCGGUUCUUCUUGACACCGGUUCGGGAGAUCUCUUCGUGGCAUCCGAUGAAUGUCCAACAAACGACCCUGCCGACGGUUGCUACCAGCUGCAGGGUGCCUAUGAGAUAAAGCCAAGUGACAAUAUCAUUCCCAAUGAGACCUUUUUCACUAUCGUUGGCGAAGGUGCCGUAUAUGGGAACCAGUCUCUUGCUAGCGUGAACUUGGGUGGCGUGUCCAUUCCCGAUUUGGCUACUGGGCUUGUAUACAGCUCGGCAGCCAAAGAGUUUCAGAACGGUUCCUUUGCUGGUAUCCUUGGCCUGAAUAUGGCAUCCGUCAGCCGACAAGUAUACUUUAACGGCCGCGAUCCUCCUUUCGACGCCUUGGCCAAGAGUAGUUCUAUCGCUCAGCCGAAGUUUUCUGUCACAUUGCCGCGGAUGGGAGAUCCCGAGUCCCCUAAAGUUGGCAGGUUGACUAUCGGCGGGAUUGGCACAGAGCUGGCAGAAGAUGAUAUCAAGUAUGGACCGGUUUUUGCGACUCCAAACUACAACUAUGAGGAUUUUCCGCUGCAAUUCCAGGGUUGGACCAUUCACUUGGAGGGCAUCCGAAUGAAUGGCAAAGAGGUACAGAUGAACAACGGUAGUCUCAUCCCCACCGGAGAAUAUCUUUCCAUGCUAGACACCGGUGGUUCUAGCAUGUACUUCCGGCCGCCAGAGCUUGAUCAAAUCGCCAGCUUGUUCAAUGGCCCGACCAUCUACCAGCAAGGUCACGCGAUCUAUUUUGACUGUUCCAUCCCGCAGCUCCUGGAACUCAAGUAUUUCGGACAGUGGUAUCCUGUGGAUCCUCUCGAUUUACUGAUUCCUAAGGACCACGGGAAUUCGAAUGGUACAGAGCUAUGCCAUGCGGCGCUGGGAAGCUGGACUCGCACAUUUGGAGACUCCAUCAUCGGAGUGCCGUUCCUGCGUUCUGCGCAGUCCGUUUUUGACUACGUUACGUUGGACUUGAAGUCUCAGCCACGGGUGGGGCUAGUUGGAACUGUUGAUGCUGAAGCAGCGAUGAAGAGGUAUCCUGACAUAUACCAAGAUAGAAUAUUGUAG